AAGGCGCUAAGCUCAUCCAAACCAGGGUUUAGACUAGUGUUCUGCAAUUAUGGAGCCCCACCCAACAAAGAGCUGGAGCAUCCACACCCGACCCGAGAUCGUCGCGAAGUACGAGAUAUUGGAGCGCGUGGGAGCCGGCGCGUACUCCGACGUGUACAGAGCGCGACGGCGAUCCGACGAGGUCGUGGUGGCGCUCAAGGAGGUCCAUGACUACCAGUCGGCGUUCCGAGAGAUUGAGGCCCUCCAGGUCUUGCGCAAUUCGCCGAACGUCGUCGUCAUGCACGAGUACUUUUGGAGCGAGGACGGGGACGAGGACGCGGUGCUGGUGCUGGAGUACAUGAGGACGGACUUGGCGGCGGUGAUCAGGGAGGCGAAGAAAGAGGGCCGUCCGAUUGGGGUCGGCGAGGUGAAGAGGUGGAUGGUGCAGAUUCUCUGUGGAGUCGAUGUGUGUCACAGGAAUAUGAUCGUGCAUCGGGACUUGAAGCCCAGUAAUCUGUUGGUUUCGGAUGAUGGGGUGCUCAAGCUCGCAGAUUUUGGGCAGGCGAGGAUACUUCUGGAGCCCGGAUAUAUAGGUUACUACGAUCCACAACAAUAUGAACAAAACACUGUAAAUCAGGAGAGUACCUUUCAGCAUGCUGAAGUUUCUCCUGAAGCACACAAUUUAGGCCAAGAAAUGAAUGAAAUUCAAGAGCAGGACACCAUAAGUAAAGAAGAAUAUUUCAGACAGUUAGAUGAGGUGAAGGCUAAAAGCUCCAUUGAUGAAACCGACAAGGAAAUGAAUUUUCACGAUGGAGAUGUAUCUUGUCUUGCAACAUGCUCGACAAGCGACAUGGAGGAUGAUCCUUUCAAGAGUUCUUACUCCUACGAAGCUGAAGAGGGUGGUGAUGAUAGACAAGGUGCUCUCACAUCCUGCGUCGGAACUCGUUGGUUCAGGGCUCCCGAACUUCUCUACGGAUCCACAAACUAUGGUUUAGAGAUCGACCUCUGGUCAUUGGGCUGCAUAUUCGCCGAGCUUUUUACUCUGGAGCCCCUUUUUCCCGGAACCGCUGACAUUGAUCAACUCAGCAGAAUUUUUAGUGUGCUUGGAAACUUAACUGAGGAAGUCUGGCCAGGAUGUGCUAAACUUCCUGAUUAUAGAACAAUUUCAUUCAGUAAGGUAGAAAAUCCAGUUGGUUUGGAAGCGUGCCUGCCCAACCGCUCCCCUGAUGAGAUCUCCCUGGUGAAAAAACUAGCCUGUUAUGACCCAGCUAGCAGAGCUACAGCAAUGGAGCUGCUCCAAGACAAUUAUUUCAGUGAAGAACCUCUUCCAGCUCCAAUAUCUGAGUUACGGGUUCCUUUGAUGAGAAGUGGGCAAGAUGAGGAUUCUCCGAGAGGGUGGUACGACCACGAUGAAAUGGGAUCAGAUUCUGAUUUUGAGGACUUUGGCCCUGUGAAUGUUACCAGCACUAGUACUGGUUUUUCCAUACAGUUCCCUUGAGCUCGAGGGGCAGUAAGCUGCUCUGCUUAAUUAAAUUAUAUGGAGCUAUUUUGUUUGAUCAGAUAUUUGAGAAACAUAAUUUAAUUUAGUUUUGAAGGAUCAUUUAAUGAUCCAAAUUAAAUUUUAUAUAGAUGUAAUAGUAUACAUA